AUGCUCACCACGGCACUCGCUGAAGUAUGCAAGGAACACUAUCAGGCUGUCGUUCCACAGGUAGUGCCAAGCAUAAUCAGGAGCCAGCCGGUGCAGCGCAACGUGCCCCAGGAUGCUGAUGAAAGUGAAGAUGAGGAAACCGCGGAGGCAGUUCCCAUAGUAUCCGAGACCCUGGCGAUACGCAGUCACUCAAGAGCGACAUUGUCUACUCAUGAAGCAAUCAUGGCUGCUUUCCGGAAGUGCUUAUGGAUAGAUGCGGACGAUAAAAUUGACGACCAGUUCGCGACAUUCUCGGCGCCUACUUCCGUCCACCGUAGCAUCAGUUCCAGAAAGACGAAACGCAAGUCGACCAGUGGAAACCCCAGUAGUGAGGCGUGCCAGUUCUGA